AUGUUAUUCAUUGAACGUCGUUAUCUGUCGAUAUUUUUAUCUACAUUCUUUUUGUUACUUACAACUUUAACAAAUGCUUGUAGCAUAUGGAAAGCAUCUGAUUGUCCGCAGCCACCAACAGCAGCUGAUGAAGAAAUCUUCAAAGAUGAUUUACAUACGCGUGAACAACUUUUUCAAUUUUGCGAUCAAGGAAAGAAAUAUGCUGAAUGCGUUAAUAAACGACUUCAAUGUUGUGAUUUAAUAAGUGAACAUGCGGGUGCUCUAGCAGCAUUUGAUGUUGCCCUUCAACAAGCUGGUUGGCGAUUGGGCAGACACUGUUCUGGCCUUGGUGUUAGUUCAAUUAUUCGAUACAAAUGUAAAACAACAACAUCGCCACCAGCAAAAACAACGACAACAACAACUUUAACGACGACAACAAUGCCACCAUGCGUAGUAACAGAGGCUGCAAAAGAAUGUAAUGGCAUAUUGGGCGAACGUUUAAAAUUUGAACUCAGCUGGACUGUACGCGAAAAGAUUAGAUGGUGCAAAAAAGUAGUCAGAGAGUAUAUUCAAUGUGCGGGUAAACAUAUAACAAAUUGUUCAAUUAUUGAAGUCCAAGAUGAUGUUCAACAACUUUCAAAUUUCAUGGAUUAUAUCAAGAAAGACGCUGAUAAAUGUUGUCAUGGUGGUUUCUACGGAUGUGAAUACGCUGUGACUGAUGUACGGUGCAGAUUGACUGAAGAAGAAUUUUAUACUGGUGUCCAAUUUGAUUCAGCAGCAAAAUCUUUAAUUAUUGAACAGUACUUAUUUUUCUCUAUGGUCUUACUAUGGUGGUGGAAUCGAUAG